AUGGCCGGAAGUAAUGAAGUUAAUCUCAAUGAAAGCAAGAUGGUGGUACCCCUGAAUACAUGGGUCCUCAUAUCAAAUUUCAAGCUGGCUUACAAUCUUCUUCGUCGUCCUGAUGGUACUUUCAACCGCCACUUGGCAGAGUUCCUUGACCGUAAAAUUCCUGCCAAUGCGAAUCCAGUUGAUGGGGUUUUCUCAUUUGAUGUUAUCAUUGACCGUGGGACUAGCCUUCUUAGCCGGAUCUAUCGACAGGCUGAUGUGCAAGAAUCACAACCAACUAUUGUUAACCUUGACAAGCCUGUCAAUUCGGAGGUUGUCCCUGUCAUAAUCUUCUUUCAUGGUGGAAGCUUUGCCCACUCUUCUGCAAAUAGUGCUAUAUAUGAUACACUUUGUCGCCGCUUGGUGGGCAUUUGCAAGGCUGUGGUAGUGUCUGUGAAUUACAGGCGUGCUCCUGAAAAUCGAUAUCCAUGUGCUUAUGAUGAUGGAUGGACUGCUCUGAAGUGGGUUAAUUCAAGGACAUGGCUCCAGAGUAAGAAAGAUUCUAAAGUUCAUAUAUACUUGGCCGGUGAUAGCUCUGGUGGUAACAUUGUUCACCAUGUUGCUUCAAGAGCAGUAGAAUCAGGAAUUGAAGUGUUGGGCAACAUACUGCUGAACCCAAUGUUUGGUGGGCAAGAGAGAACAGAAUCAGAAAAGCGAUUAGAUGGCAAAUAUUUUGUCACUGUCCAAGAUCGAGACUGGUACUGGAGAGCAUUUCUUCCCGAAGGAGAAGAUAGAGACCAUCCAGCAUGUAAUCCUUUUGGUCCAAAAGGUAAAAGCCUUGAAGGAAUGAAAUUCCCCAAGAGUCUUAUUGUGGUGGCUGGUUUGGACCUUGUUCAGGACUGGCAAUUGGCAUAUGCUGAAGGUCUCAAGAAGGCUGGUCAAGAUGUGAAACUUCUAUAUCUGGAGCAGGCAACAAUAGGGUUCUACUUGUUGCCCAAUAACAAUCACUUCCACACAGUGAUGGAUGCGAUAAGUGAAUUCGUGAGUCCUAACUGUUAA